AUGCCUGUCGAACUGCGCAAACGCCCUCCCCCAAAGGAACCAGCUGCCCCUCCUCCGGCCGCGAAACGGGGGAGUAGUAGCAGCACGGUGAAGAAGCUCGCGGGCAAGGCCAAAGCCGCCGUGACUCGGCCCUAUCCCAGAAAGACCGCUGGCCCUGUUGUGGGCCAAGUUCCAACGGAGUCGGAAGAAGAAGAAGAAGAAGAUGUCGCUCCCACCUCCGCUGCCAUCGUCCCCGAGGCCGUCCCAGCCACAGCAGGCGUCGCGGAAGAAACCAAAGAGGAGCAGCCUACGGCGAAUGGGAGCGCUGUCACGGGAAAGGCAACCGCCUCCGGGAAGCUGAGCGUGGGCGACAAGAUCGAUCUAGAAGGCUUUGGGGGCACGGUCCAGACGCAUGAUGGAACUAACGUGACGGUGAAAGAAUUGAUCGAGCAGAGCGGCGCCGGGAUCGUCAUCUUUACGUACCCGAAAGCGAGUACACCCGGCUGCACCAACCAAGCUUGCCUCUUCCGGGACAACUACGCUCCUAUUACGGGUGCAUCGCUCGCAGUCUAUGGAUUGAGUACGGACAGUCCCAAGGCAAACACUACCUUUGCAACCAAGCAGAAUUUGCCGUAUCAGCUAUUGUGUGACCCUAACGCGACUCUCACAACUGCUAUUGGAAUGAAAAAGCCAGGGCCCGGCAAAUCCACCACCCGCGGCGUGGUCGUCAUUGAUAAACAAGGGACACUCCGUCUCUGGGAGCAAGCUGGCCCUGCCAAGACGCUCGAGGCAGUUUUGGAAUACAUCAAAUCUCAGGGUAUGACUGAGACGGGCGCCCCAGCGGCAGUUGCUGCACCGCCUGCGGACGACCCGGUUGCGACGGAGGAGGCAGCAAAGCUGGCAGACCCAGACACCAAGAUGGAUGAGGUGCCGCUCGUUAGGACCCCGAGCAAAUCCGAGCGGGACGCCGCCGAGACAGCCGCAGAGGUGGGCGAGAGUGCUGCCAAGAUUGAUUCUGCUGAAGGAGAAGCGAAGCCAUGA